GCGGGACGGCCCCGCACCGGCCCCGGCACCGAGAGCCCGGCGCGGCCCAUGCGAGCGCCCAGGCGGCGGCGGCGCGGGGGCUUUAGCCAGAAGGGAUCAGCGGGCAGCUCCACCAUGUCGGACAGUGACCCGGGGGAGGAGGACGGCGCCACGUCCCCUGACCCCCUGCAGUCCAAGAGGAAGAGAAGGGGCAACCUGCCCAAGGAGUCCGUGAAGAUCCUGCGGGACUGGCUGUACGAGCACCGUUUCAACGCCUACCCCUCGGAGCAAGAGAAGCUCAGCCUCUCGGGGCAGACCAGCCUCUCUGUGCUGCAGAUCUGCAACUGGUUCAUCAAUGCCCGGAGGCGGCUGCUCCCGGACAUGCUGCGCAAGGACGGGAAGGACCCCAACCAGUUCACCAUCUCCCGCCGAGGGGGCAAAGCCGGCGACGUGGCCCUGCCGCGGGGGGCUGGCUCCGGGGUGCUGGUGGUCCCUCCCGUGGGGGCCUCCAAGGUGCUGUCGAUGUCGGUGUGCCCGCAGGUACUGUGCCACCCGGCCCAGGCGCUGGCAGUGGUGAGCACCCACAGCCCCGAGUGGGAGAAGCCCCCUGGGCCACGAGCGGAGCUGGACCCUGUCCCCAAGGCACCAGGGGGUGCCCCCAACAGCACCCUGACCCUGCUGGCGCGGGCUGAGGCUGCCAGCCCCACCCCUGGACUCUUCAACACGCCACCCCCUACACCUCCCGAGCUCUUCGGGGAUGACUUCAGCAGCUUCCAGCUGCUGGUGGAGGUGGCUCUGCAGAAGGCGGCUGAGCUGGAGCGGCAGCGGCAGAGUGGGCAGCUGCCCCUGUCUCCCCACACCGAGCCCCCAGGAGCCUCCAAAUAACCCCUGGGCCAGGUUCCACUGGAUGCCCUUCCCUGGGGGUUCCUGACUCUCCUGGCCUCGUGCACCUCUGACCAGCCCAUCCCAGAAGUGGACUCCGGCCUCCCAGGGGUCUCUGGUCUCUCUUGUCAGCCAAGGAGGGGAGAAGAAGGACUGUCCCCCCUGCUGGGAGAUGCGCUGACUGCUGAGGGUGGUGCCCCAGGUGACAGCUGUGACCAGACCUUUGCAGCAGUGCUGACCUGUCCCUGCCACGCUGCCAGAGCCAUCACUGUGGAGCUCCCCUGAAAAACCUGCUGAGUUCUUCCUCUCUCCUGCAAACAAGGGUCCAGCCAGCACCAUUUUUUCAGGAAGAGAAAGAGAGAACCUAUUUUUUUAAGUGUUGGUGUUUAUUUUAAGGACUAUGGAUGAAAAGCUUUUUCUCAUAAAUCUCUGAUCUUUUCCCCCUCCCCCCUUUUUUUUUCGCUUUUGUUUUGGGGGGCUCUUUCUGAUUCCUGGUCCUGACCAGGAGCCCUGCCUUGCCCACAGAAGGGCAAAGUACAGAUGAACUGGAAACAUGGAGUCUCUGGUAUUUUAUCACAUGGAAAAAAUGGGACCCUCCUCUUCCAUUUUAGGGUAUUCUGGAUGCUGUCAGUAGAAAUCUCUGUGGUGCUGUUUAGCAAGUUUUUUGUUGAAACAUUUUCUCUUUAAUUGUGAUUUAUUACAUGAUUAUUAAUUUUUUUUCAUCUGUAAGCAUUUCCACAACUUCCCCACGUUUCCCUUGAGUUCCUGCUGAAUGUGUGCUCGUCGUGUCCAGAGCAGCAAGUGCAUUGCUGAGCCUGCAAGGUGCUGACAGCAGGCUGAGCAUAGCUGAGACUGGGAAUUUUGUACCAACUUCUUUUCUUUCCUUUUUUUUUUUUUUUUUUAACCUUUGGAAAGGGUGUGUUGCGGGCAUGGCCAGAGUGUUCAGUGAGUGCAGCCCAGGGCUCCUGGGAAGCAGCAAUGCCUCAUGAGCCAAGUGCUGCUGAGCUGCACUGGGAAGGUCGAGGAUGGAUUUGUUGCUCCCUGUCCCCUCCCUCCCGUUCUCGCUCUCCGAGUGUGGCUGUGCCGUGCUGGGGACCUCUAGUGCCAAACUGGUGUCUGCUGGGAGCUGUUAGGCACCCCCAGCCUGGCCUGGGGUGGUUUCUGGGCUCUGGGGCAGCUCCUGGCUCGGCAUCUCUUGCUGUGCCUGGGUGCUGUGCUGGUCCCAGGGCCCAGGCACUGCUGGUUCCUUUAAGCUGUAAGUUAAUAGUGCUGUGUAUGCACUGUGCUACCUGUCCCGUGAAGCACUAAUCACAGGUAAUUGGCCUGAUGAGUUGCAUGGCCAGAGCUGAGAAGGGCUGCAGGACCUGGUGCUAUGCAGUGUCUGGAGCCAGCAGUGCUGGGAGAGCAGCACUGGGGGUGAUGGAGCUGAAAGGGAAAAGCACUGAUUUGGGGGACUGGUGUUCCCACCCUCCCUUUCUUCAGAAAGAAGGUGCCAUGGGAGAGGGGAUCCCGAGUGCUGUUGGGGGCUGUUGGGAGGCUUCCCAAGGUGUGUCACCUUGGCCACAUGCAGUGCUGGGAUGGCUCUGACUCCAGCACUGGGCAGAGGGCACCACGUCAGGUGAGUGGUGCCCAUUAUGUGCCUGUGGCCAUCCCUUUCCUCACCCCCAACCUUUGCUCUCUGUUUUCUGUCUGGGGAAAACCCUGAAUUUUUACUUCCUCCCU